ACAUACAUAUGUAUCACUAUAUAAAUGGGAUUCUUGCAUCUUCAAUCAUCUUCAUACCUCACUUUAUUAUCUUCAUACUAUAUAUAUUAUCUUUGGGUGUUUCGAGAAGGAAAAAAAAAUCAAAUAUGAAGCAAAAGGUGGUGUUGAAGGUAGCUAUGAAGUGCCAAAAAUGCAGGACUCGAUCCCUCGAGGUGGCUGCAGAACAACAAGGGGUAAGCUUUGUUGGAUUAGAAGGCAAUGAAAAAGAGAAAGUGGUGGUGAUUGGAGAUGGAAUUGAUGUUGUCAAAUUAACUACAAUUUUGAGGAAGAAAGUUGGAACUACUGAAAUUAUCAGUUUGGCUGAGCAGAAAUAAUUUUUUAAAAAAAAUUUUUAAUCCGUAUAUUCAUGUUGUAUUCAUAUCGAAUAAUAUCAUGUUUUGAUUAGUAUUGAUAUGUACAACGAGAGUUUUGUUCUCGAAAUUUGAUGGUUUGUAUGUUGUUGUAUCGUAGGUCCGAAUAUAUUUUAAUUAUCAAUUUUAUAUAUUUUUUCGAUUC